AUGACUCGAGUAGUAAUCUAUGCUCAAUAUGAUGGGGAAUGGAAGGAAGAGCAAGGGUUGUAUAAAUGGUCACCAAAGAAUAAGGAAGUUAUAUCUAUCAUUGUUGAUGACUCCAAUAUUACUUUUGAGGUGUUAUUGGAGAAAUUGUAUAAGAAUAUUGGGGUGAAUCAAAAUGAUAUCGAAUUGAAAAUAAGUUACUUACCUAUCAUUGCGGGAGAAAAUAUACCACCACUCAUUUUACGAGGGGAUGAAUGUCUUGCAGCUUAUCUUUUGGAUUGUGGAGAGAACAAUCGUAGAGUUGCACUACGUGUGGAGCUCAUUAAGAGAGAAGAUAUAUGUGACAUGGAAGUUGAACGCAACAUGAAAGAAAAUGAACAAAGUUUAGUAGAUGAUUACUUUGACCGUGAAUUCUACUUUGAAAAUAAUAUUUGUGAUGCUGCUUCUGCACCAGGCGAAAGUGGUGUUAAUCUAGGUUGUGAACCUGUGGACCUUCUUAACAAAAGGACAACAUCAUCAUCUCCAACUCCAAAUCACAUUGACCCAUUGAACUACUAUGAUUCGUUGGACCACCAUGAUGAACAAAAUCAAGUCCCUAGUGAAGACACAUUUUGUUUCCCAGAUGGGUCAGAUUUGGCAAUUGGUCAAGAAUUCAAGAACAAAGAUGAGGUAAAAACUAAGUUGAACGAUAUUGCAAUAAAGGCUUGCUUUGAGAUGGAAAUUAAUAAAUCUACCAAGUCAUUAUAUGUGACAAAAUGCAUUGACAAGUCAUGCAAUUGGGCAGUGCGUGCAGCAAAAGUUACCAACUCAGAGCGUUUCUCAAUACGAACUUAUUGUAACACUCACACUUGUUCCCUUAUUAGCCGGAAAAGAAAGCAUCGUCAAGCAAGUGCUGCAGUAGUUUCUAAUGUCGUGAGGUCAAGUUUCGAUGGUCAAAAAGAGACACCGAAGCCAAAAGCAAUAAUGACGAUUAUGCAGAACAAUCACAUGCCAAUAACAUAUUGGAAAGCUUGGAAGGGGAAAAAACUUGCAAACAACCUUCUUAGAGGUUCGCUUGAAUUAAGUUUUCAAAAUCUUCCAGCUUACUUAUACAUGGUUCGAAAGAUGAAUCCAGGUACGAUCACGCAUUUGGAGGUGGAUGAAGAUUCUAAAUUCAAAUAUGUUUUCCUAGCAUAUGGAGCAUGCAUCAAAGGAUUUCGUUGCAUGAGAAAGGUUAUUGCGGUGGAUGGGACUUGGUUGAAGACCAAGUACAAAGGUGUAAUGCUCAUUGCAACAGCACAAGAUGGUAAUUUUCAUCAAUAUCCUAUUGCUUGGGCUGUGGUUGAUUCAGAGAAUGAUGCUUCAUGGUCAUGGUUCCUUACAAAGUUACAAGAACUUAUACCAGAUGAUAGUGAUUUAGUCUUUAUUUCAGAUAGAAAUCAAAGCAUCAUCAAUGGGGUGUCAAAUAUUUACAGGAAGUCACAACAUGGGCAUUGUAGGUGGCAUCUGUCUCAGAAUAUUAAAGCACGUGUCAGAGUUAAAGGUGUCAUAAAAUUAUUCGAAGAAACUGCCAAUGCCUAUAAAGUUUCCGACUUCAACAAACUCUAUGAUGAAUUGAAGAAUAGAUAUCCCGUAGCAGUGAAGUAUCUUGAAGAAUCAAAUCUCACUCUUAGUAAAUGGGCGAGAUCUCACUUUACAGGCUUUCGGUACAAUAUUAUGACUACGAAUGGUGCAGAAUCUAUUAAUGCAGCACUGAGGGAACCUAGAGAUUACCCUAUCAAUGCGUUGUUGGAGGCUAUGCAGGCAAAAGUCUCUGAGUGGUUCAACAAUCGCCGCAAUAUUGUGGCAUCUAUCAAUACAAAGUGUACACCUUUAACUCCAAAGGCAGAGAAUAUUAUUCGAAAAAGAUUCAAGAAAGCAUCGGAAAUGAAUGUGAAACAACUUAACCGAUUUGAGUAUGAGGUUACAGGUAAAGAAAAUGAUGCCAUAAUUGAUUUAGGUCAAAGACAAUGCUCAUGUCGUGUCUUUGACCUUGAUCAACUUCCAUGUGUGCAUGCAUUAGCAUCAUAUGAGCAAGCUGGAAUAGAAGUGUAUGAUUUGCGCUCUAAUUAUUAUAAGUUGGAAACUUGGGCGUUGGCUUAUCUUGAUACCAUUUAUCCAGUUCAUCAACAAGAAGAUUGGGAUAUCAAUGAAGUUGAAGUAUUGCUGAAGGUAUUGCCUCCAAAUGUCCCAAUCAAGCGUGGUAGGGAAAAAUUGAAAAGAAUCCCAUCAGUUGGUGAGGGAAAAAAAUGGAUAAAAAGGUGUGGUUUAUGCGAGCAGCCUGGUCACUCCAAAAAAACAUGCCCCUUACGAGCCACAACUUCUAAAUUGUAA